AGAUAUUAUUACCUCCGUCACAUUCCACUGGCUCCGUAUUUUUUUCUUCCUACAGUCACUGAUAUGCCGCCAUACUUAAGUUUGCCUUUGAAGAAACUGGGGGGAAAAACUUAGGAAAACUGGUUUUGUGUGGCUUUUUAUUUUGAAGGCCGUGACCGGAUGUUCGGUGUCAUUCCAUGGAGCUUGACUUCAGCUGUUAAAGGCACUCGGAGGCUGCGCUCCUCCAGUGUGACGGCUGUCCUCCUCGGCAUGGCAUCGGACGAGCUGGCCAGGAAGCUGCAGCGGCGCUUGGCCGCAGUGGAGGCGGCUGACCCGGAGCAGGCGGCCGCCCCGGAGCCGGCGGCCGGGCAGGAGCCGGUGGCCGCCCCGGAGCCGGUGGCCGCGCCGGGAACGGUGGCGGCGCCGCGGCCGGUCACUCCCCAGGAGCCGGAGCCGCCCGGCAGCCUCGACCCGGCCGCUUCCGAGCUGAGCGCCAAACUGAGCCGCAGGCUGGACAUCAACGAGGGCAGCGCCGCCCCCAGACCAGGCCGGGUGUUCAACCCCUACACCGAGUUUAAAGAGUUCUCCCGCAAACAGAUAAAGGACAUGGAGAAAAUGUUCAAGCGCACACUGAAGCCUCUGCUGAUGCAUGGGACCACGGCGCUGCAUCUGGUCUUCAACGAGCCCAAAACAGCACACAUCACCCCGCUGUUGGUAUCCCUCCACCGGCUUCCGGCUGCUGCUCGCAUCAAAUUCAAGUCCUUGACUCUUACCUGCAGAGCAGUGACCAGACCUGCUCCUGCUGACCUGGACUCCCUGUUUUCAGGUUUACACUCCCUCCCGUCCUCUUGGCUCCUCCAUGCAGCAACGCCUGGAGCCUCCAGCACAACAAGGCCCUGAAUCAGCAGCUGGACUCUGCUCCUCUGCGGCUCCUCGUUGGUGCAACGAGCUGGCAAACUCCAUUUGAGCUGCAGAGGCCCUCUCAGGCUUUAAGAGGAGGCUAAAAACCAGCUCUUCAGGGAACACCUGCUCACCUAAUGGACUGGAUAAUCCAAAAAAAAAAAAAAAAAAAAAUCUUCCUCUAUGCUUUCCUCCUUCCUCUGUGCACUUUAUGCCCUCUAUCCAUCCCCUCUGUGCUCUGUCCUCUGGACCAGAACCAGAGCUUUAAGGCUCUUGAUGUUGUUGUUUUCUCCUGAAUAGAUCUUUUUUGGUGUAUAAAAAUCUCCUAUGAACAUUGCUUUGGAUAAACGUGUCGAUCAAAUAUGAAUUGUAAAUGUAACUGUAGCCAGUAAAAACAUCUUUUUUUUUUUUUUUUUCAAAAUGGGUAAAUAAUAUUCAUAUUUCUUGCUAUACUGAGUGCAGGUUUUGUUAUUUUAACUGUUUCUUGCUAUGUGAAUUAAACAGAUUUUCAAAUACAUCUUUUUCCACAUGUUGUCAAUGUGCUUUCGCAAAGAUAGUAGUGAUCUAAAGUUUUCCUUUUCGUUCAUUUAUGCUGUCAUAUAAAAACGGAUUAAUUUGAGAUGGUGUUUUUGUUUGUUUAGUUUGAGUUUUACUGUUCAGUCUUUGACAUGGUGCUCACAGCUGGUCUGUAGCCCUGUCCUGUAAGUGGCUGCACUGUAUUAGACAGAGACGGUCAGGUGUCAUGGGAACAGGCUGCUUGCACAACCAGCAGGUAUUAAAUGCAUCAGAGAGCUACAUGGCUUCUUGUUUGUGUGUUUACGUGACAGGGUGUGAAAGUAAUUGACUGAAAAGCUGAAUCGUGUGUUUGUGUGAGCGCUGUGGCUGCAUGCAUCUCUCGUCACUGUAAUGACGACGAGCUGCACCUGAGCUUCACUUUCCCUCUCCGCUGCAGAGUCAGGGCCACACAACCUGAAUGGAAUAGACCGGGCUGUCCCAUUCAAAGAAACAUAACCAGGGUGGCCUUUUUAAUGCGUAGUGUUGCCGUGAUGAACAACAUUUAACAAACUGACAUUGAGCUAAACUGUCAGUUCCUAGCAAGACUUGAUGUUUUUGAAAUUGCUUUUUCAUUGGAGAAAUUUCAACUACAAGCUGAAUUGCUGUGCCUGUACAUUGUGACCUGAUCUCCUAAUUGCACCACCUGAUGCUGAUGGAAGUGGGCAUACAUUUACAUUAGGUCUAGUUUACAUGGACUGCAUGUAAUUAAUUAAAAACAAACAUUUUAAUUUAGUGUUUCUCAAACUUUGGUACAGAUACCAGUAGUGGCAUGUGGAGUGCUCACUGGUGGUGUACCAGGUGACUCUGAAAAUGUAU